UCAGGCCUACUUCGUCCGAUGUCUUGUACCGACUAGUUACGGGGAGCGGCGAUAUACAUGUAUGUCGAUGUUUCCGAGUUGUAUCACAAUACAACGUAGCCACGCCGCGCUCACUGUAAAAUGGAUUACACUAAAGGUUAAAUCGAUUGUCAAUAUUAAGUAAAUCAACAAUAGACGAGUGUGGUCAUUAAACAGGACGUGUACAUGUUAAAACCGUUUGUGAAGAUUAUGUCCUGUUAUGUAUAAUGGGAAGAUACACUAGGAAAAUUUGUUUAAAAAUAUUUGUAUUGAUAUUAAUCGUUGUGUUGCUUAGUGUUAUAUAUCUGAAAUCAUCCAAAGAUUAUUCAGGUGUGGAAAAGAUAGUUUCGUUUCCAAAUAAACAUUUUAGACAAAAACAAGUUAAGAAGAUUUUACACUGGACGACAUUCUUUGAGAAACCCCCGGAUAUCACAUCAGCCCGGACGUGCCUGAAAACAUGUGACAGUCGGUGCGAGGUGACCGCCGACAAAGCGGAAGUCCAGUCCGCCGACGCAGUGGUAUUCCACCUGUCUGAUGUGUGGACGAAGAAGUGGCGGAUCGGAACUAGGUCUGUGGUCGAGUUCCCGCGGUGGCGCGACCCACACCAGGUCUGGGUGUUAGAGAAUCUUGAGCCGCCACCACACCUUUGGGGUGACCUAGCCAUACUCAAUGGCCGAUUCAACUGGACACGAUGGUACCGCGUAGAUGCCGAUAUCCAUACGCCAUACGGCGCGCAUCGACGCCUUGGUGAUCAGGAGAGGCAGGAGACUUCCAAGCUUUUACAGGAUAGAAACACAUUCCUGGAAAAAACAGGUGAGGCUGCGGCGAUGAUCAGUAACUGCCGCGACCCGGGUCGGCGGUACAGAAUUGUACGCGAAUUAGAGAAAUAUAUAAACAUUGAGAAGUUCGGAAGCUGUUACAAUACCCCGUGUGGUUUAAAUCCGGUGAACCCUUACGACACAUCGUGUGACUCCGUCUUGAAACAAUUUAAAUUUUAUUUUGCAUUUGAAAAUGAUCACUGCAAGGACUAUGUGACUGAAAAAUAUUGGCAUGCCCUGGACCGUGACCAGAUACCCAUUGUCAACUGGAAGCACGUAUAUGAAGAUCUUGUUAUACCACAUUCCUAUAUAAACAUAUAUGAUUUCGAUAGUUUACAAACUGCCGGACAGUACAUUCGGAAAGUGAGCCAGGACGAAAACCUAUACAACAGCUACUUCCAUUACCGACAAUACUACACUAAGGCAGAACGCACGUGCUCUGCGUGCAAGCUGUGCCAGGAUCUGCAUAACAAAUCCAAACCGGCGCAGGUAUACAGGGAUCUUGACGCCUGGGUUCGAGACGAUGUCUGCGAGAAAGCGGGGGUUUGGAACAACAUCGUAAGGAACGUUCACAGUUUGUUGUUUUUCAAGCUGGGCAUUUAAAAUAUCACUAAAGAAGCCUUGUUUGCACGCAUGGAAAGCCGUCACUGAGGCGACUGGUUCUACCCCACUGAAAUGGCGUGUGUGAGGAUGGUCUGUAAACGCCUGACACGCCGUUGUGCGACCCUUCACUGAGAGGGCUUUUUCUACCUCACUGAAGUGACGUAUGUGCGGAUGGUCUGUGAGCGCCUGACACGCCGUUUGGCGACCCUUCACUGAGACGGCUGCUUCUACCUCACUAAAGUGACGUAUGUGCGGAUGGUCUGUGAGCGCCUGACACGCCGUUGUGCGACCCGUCACUGAGAGGGCUGGUUAUACCUCACUAAAGUGACGUAUGUGCGGAUGGUCUGUGAACGCCUGACACGCCGUUGUGCGACCCUUCACUGAGAGGGCUGGUUCUACCUCACUAAAGUGACGUAUGUGCGGAUGGUCUGUGAGCGCCUGACACGCCGUUUGGCGACCCUUCACUGAGACGACUGGUUCUACCCCACUGAAAUAGCGUGUGUGAGGAUGGUCUGUAAACGCCUGACACGCCGUUGUGCGACCCUUCACUGAGAGGGCUGGUUCUACCUCACUGAAGUGACGUAUUGGAAGAAACGUCCUGGGCACCACUUAUUUGCUGUUUGGGUGGUCAUUCACUGCCCGUGCUGUUUUUCAUUAAUUGAAACACCAUGUUCCUAUUAAAAGACCCUGGCUGCGUACUCCCGAACUCUAUAUGUGUCGCGUAGAACCGUUUGAGUGUUCCUGGUGAUGUCCGGUACGCGCUGUGACGCCCGAUCGCAAACCGCCCUUUACAUUCAAAAGACAUGAAAGAAAGAACACUUGUAACAUUGUUAGCUUUGUAGCUUUUGCACCACUUAAUCCUCAAAUGUUGACUGCACAUUGUUAUAGAGAUUAUUUUUUAAUCGUUUUAGUAGUGCUAUUAAAAUCGUUCAAGACGAAAAUAACAAUACCGUUUUUUCUAAACGGAUAAAAGGCAUGGCUUGCAUAGUUGGGUAUUGCUAUCUGACUUGUCCAUUUGGGCUUUAUUACAUGUAACAUUCGGCUUGACCUGUGGCAAUGACCUGUGGCAUGUUGUUUUUUCAAUUGCUCGAUAAAGAUAGUCUGUUAGCUGGUAAAAGUCGCAUAUUGAUAUUAUAGGAGUAAAAAAAUAAUAAAAAUAAUUAA